CCAGAAAACGACCCCGCGUCGAUCGAAGCUCCGACUUCAAUUUACAUUUUGCGUCUGGCUAGGUAAUUUCUGUGAAGGGACUUUCAAAUGGCCCAAACUAACCUUCCAACACAGCUUCAAGUAGGUGAAAAAAUAGUAAAUAUCCAACAGCGACUUGGUAACGGCGCUUUUGGUGUCGUCUACAAAGUAAUAGAAGAAGGAACGUCCAAAGUGUACGCUAUGAAAGAUAUCCUUUGUUUGAAUGAUUCAGCCAUUCGUAAUGCCAUCCGCGAAGCUUCAACACUAAACCGAAUCUCUCAUGAAAAUGUUAUUGCGAUCGUGAGUGUUGGCGAGUUUCGCGAUAGCCGAGGUUCGCACAUGUUGCUUUUGACCGAGUAUUGCCCCGGCGGAAGCUUAAAUGAUCGCCUUGCUCGACCAAGCAGCGACCAACAAAAUCUGACAUGGAUGACCCAAACCGUCGAAGCUGUUGCCCAUCUUCACUCGUGCAACGUAGUUCACCGCGAUCUGAAGGCAGAUAAUGUGCUCUUGACUGCAUCAGAAGAUGUCAAAUUGGGCGACUUUGGCCUUGCCCGUGAGUAUAUCGCACUAAAACGAGCUAGCGUGCAACAAGAUGAUGGUUCGUGGCUGACAACUUACACGCAAUACUACAUGCAAUCGGGAAUAGGUCCAAUCCACUGGGUAGCUCCAGAAUUUUUCCGCGGCCAUUACACUGAAAAAGCCGACAUUUUCUCUCUCGGAACGCUCCUCUUUGCAAUACUCGAGCGGGAUUACAUCGUGAUCAACGGGAAAGCCAUUUAUGGGGCCUUCGUGAUUGUUCCUGGUGCAGGAAAGAUUGGCGUCGGCUAUGCGAUGGAGAAUUUUGAUGCGAAUAUACGAAUUCAAUUUUCAAGUCACGCUCAAGGAUCCAACGCUCUACAGAGAAACGUUCAUGAGUUGCUGAAAUACAACCCAUAUGAUCGGCCGACCGCUCAAGAGAUUUGCAACCAUCUGAGGGUUAUUCAAGAGAAUAUAGGACUUGGACAGUCUUCGACUGAUUUGAAUGAGGCUGGCUCGUGCUUCUAAGCGUAUAUAUGUAACUCUGCCGAGCAGGUGUAAUGUCAUUUACGUACCCUGGUACAUGACUGGACAAGAAACUUAGAAGAGAACUUAAAAACUAUACAUGUAACACUUGUCCUUUAAAGUAAAGCGUUGCCACAUGAUUGUUGGUGCAAGACUAAGUUACAGAAAUUAAGGUAAGAGGCAUGCAAAUAAGAAUUUCAGGAAUAUAUCUUGGCCGUGAGUUUCUAAAGGACAUGUAAGCGUCUUGUCAACAUCGCUACAUCACAGUCCUUGUCAACAUCGCUACAUCACAGUCCUUGUUGGCCCUUUUCUUUUAAUCAACGUCUACUACAAUCUCUCGAACUAGGCGAAGAAAAUGUAAAGAGGUACUUAAUCUCUAGAGACUAAAACAAGUGACAGAACGUGGGGAUCGAUCGAGAUCGUGCACUUAUCCCUUGAAGUUUCACUAUAAUUGUGCGCCGUGGAAUACAAGGGAAUUCUCAGCAGAAAGCUCGCUCGUAUCAUGUUUCGGUCAGGUUCUAAAGUUGAGCAAUAAAUUUUCUAUGAAAUGACUGUUUUUUUUCACUUUUGAUGCCUAAAUACAGCGAAAGUGAAAUUCGCUACAUAAUGUAAGGUCGACAUAAGUUGGAAGUACUGAUGAAAAGGAUGAGCUUACAAAAUCACGAGUAAUUUCUGAGAAACGUUACACUGUAAUUCGUGUCUGAGAUAAGAACCUUUUCAAAUAAAAUGUUAUCUAAGUCUGGCAUCUGAGAGUGUGAAUAGAAUUCUUCCUUGAAAGGAUCUUUAGUUGAUAAACCUGGGCAAAUGCAAGACCAGGGAAGUUACGGAUUACGAAAUUCUUGGAAAUAUAGCUUGAAGUAUGGGCUGUGUUACAGGAAUUUUGGAAGCCCAUGACUUCCACGCUUAUAGCCAGUUGU